CCCCGCAUUGCGUGUGUGUAUAGAGUGCUUGAGUCGUUUAGAAGCCGUUUAGUGGUCGUUUAGUGGAUUUGUGGAACUUGGGGCUAGUGAAAAUAAAAAUUACACUACGGAGUACGAUCAAUGUAGCCCGGCCUUUAAGCAGAGCUUGAUGUACGAGGGCAAGCGGUUUGAAUCGGUGGCACAAUCUCUUUCCGCUCGAAGCUACUUGCGCGCAAUCAAACCCUACACGCCACCGGAAAACGUUACCGAGCAGGUGCUUAAGUUGGCCAAAGAGAACGGUUUGAUCGACGCCAGGCAGCCGUUCGGUGGGAUGGAGAAGAAAUUUGCAUUUCUGUCGGCAUGCGGCAAAGCGCUCGGGCACUGGGUACCGAAUUCAAUGCUGCACGAGGUACAAACCGUGGAGGAUGCCACGAUAUUCUACCAAACACCAAUCGACACACGACUUCCGCUCGAUGCGAUACGCUCGGUAGAGCUGCCGGAAAAUCUCCACAUCCAGCAGGAUUAUGUGCGCUUCCAUCCGGAAACGUUCGGUGGAAAGUCGGCCUUCCCGAAGAGUUCGACGGUUGUGACCGGCCUGAAGUACAAACAGAAAUACCGUGGCCAUGAGGCGAAGAAAUCUUGGGCAUAGGUGUGUUAAAA